AUGAAAACUUUUUGCAUCUUUUUAUUUGUGGCCCUGCUUGCCAUUUGGGCUAGAGCUGAGAAGGACUUCUCCUUUGAUUCUGCUGCACCUCCUGAGACCAAAUCAAGAUUUGCCAUGUUAGAUGAUGUACGAAUCUUGGCCAAUGGACUCCUCCAGCUUGGGCACGGUCUUAAAGACUUUGUUCAUAAGACAAAGGGGCAAAUGAAUGAUAUCUUUCAAAAACUGAACAUUUUUGAUAAGUCCUUUUAUGAGCUCUCACUGCAAACCAGUGAAAUCAAGGAAGAAGAGGAGCAGCUCAGACAAACCACUGCCAGAUUGCAAAUCAACAACGAAGAGAUAAAGAAUCUCUCUCAGGAGAUGAAUUCAAAGAUUGAAUACCUCAUACAAAACAAAAUCCAGCUGCAAGAAAAAGUAUGGGGUCUAGAAGAUAAAGUCACUAAAUUGGCCACUAUCCAGCCUACAAUGCAAGAGACAAAUGAAAUUUCUUCACUCAAAGUAAGUAGACUGGUGAAAGUGCCUGAGAUAGAAAGCCAAAGUAAACUCUAAUGCUAUUUGC